UAAUUUAGUAUGUGUCCAUUUAAUAUAAUGUAAAACGGAACGUAUACACAUAGUUGCCAAGAAUGGAGGUCACGUCACAUCGUGCGAGGGGCGGAGCGCCACCAGUACGUCAGUACUCAGUGCAGUGUUACCCCGCCUCCGUCAGUGAGGUCCGUGCUUUCGGUGACUCAGUGAUAAACAAACCUCCUCAGUGCCUACAUGUCCGAUAUGCAGGUUUGAAUUCCACCCUGGAACGCAGAGCCGGCUCCAUGUAUCGUAGUCCGCGUCCAACUCCACACAAAUGUCAGCCGCCGCCGCACGCCCUACGGCGGUUUUAUCACAUUUUAGAAAAUGACUGAAGGCUCACUCUUGCAUCAUGAUACACCGAUGUGUGUGCGCAUAUGGCUAGAAGUGGGGCACGCGUGCGAACCGCGGCGCUCCGCCCUCGGCCGGGCGCUGGCGUUGGACUGGCGCGUGUGGGUGCGUGGUGCCAAUGGACGCGACAUCAGUGCUUUCGUUCACAAGAUCGUCUUCCGCCUUCACCCCUCCUCGGCUUUUGUUUACCCAAAAAGAGUGCUCCAGGAGCCUCCGUACGAGAUCCAAGAGUCCGGCUGCGCUUCGAUCGAAAUACCGAUUCAGAUAUACCUGAAAUACAGCAGUCGGCCAAAGAAGAUACAACUUAAAUACAGUCUUCAGAUCGAGAACAACACGAAGAGCAGUUCCGAGUCUCGUUGCAUCUACUACGACUUCGAGAAGCCUUCGGAGCAGCUGUGCCGCGCGCUGAUGAGCGGCGGAGGUGAGCUGAUCGCGCGGGCCAGAGCCAAGCACCUGCUAGAGUUGCUCUCGGGCGCCGGUACCAAACCACCGCGCAAAAUGAACACCAACAAGUUCGUCGAGCCGGUCCUCUGCAAGCACGGCUCGAAGAAACGCAGCAAACGCUUCUCGUCGGCAUCGUCGUGCCCGAAGUGCGGCGAAUCGACAACGGCCGAGAUCAGGAAGCAGCUGCGCGCCGUCGAGAUGACCGACGACGAGAUACUACAAGUGUCGCGCCUGUACAUAUCGUACACGAGCUACGAGAAGUCGGCGAACGCUCUAGAGCUGCCGCCGCCUUCGGACCCGAUAUACGCUGUGCCAGAGUUGCCGGCCAGACUCCGCGAGGCCCUCAAAGCGGCCGAAAUCGAUCGGACUUCUUCACGCGGUGAAGUGCGUUAAUGACCAAUUUUGUGUAUACCCUAUAAUUUGUCGGUGCCAUUUUAAAAGUUCUUCCGCGAACAAGCAUCAAGAUUUUAAUAUAUUUUUAUAGUUAGUUUAAUUGAAAAUCUAUAUUUCUCAGAAACUUUUACUGUAGAUAUAGAAGAAAAAAAGGUUUCAUUUUAGUUACUUAUGUGUCUAUUUAAUUUGUCUCGCGACAACGAAUGACUGGUGCUGUGAAGAGGAUCUCAAGUAUUUGAAGAGGUAAACAUAUACGUAUAAAUAUAUUUAAUUAGAUAUAUGAAAAAAUACGUCAAUAAAAAAUAAAAAUCUAAUUUGAAUUUGAAUGUGCGACGUUAUGAUUUCGUGUUGUAAAUUACGUAAAAUAAUUUCAUUUAAUGAUUAUCCAUCUAUUUCUAUCGUAUUAUUUUUAUUAGUAGGUACCUACCUACAUUUUCUAGCCGAAAGAUCGCAAAGCAAAUACAUGGGAACAUCGUGCCUUAUUUUACGUAUUUUAACGACUACAUAUUGGCAAAAUUGUUAAUGAUUAUUCGCAAAAAACGGCAAGAAAAUUCCCAUUAAAACGUAUAAUUAAUAUUUUUAAUAAAUUUUCGAGGGUUCUAUUUAUGAUGGUAAUGUUCAAUAAAAAAUCAAAUGAGUAGCUAUCGAUUUACGGAAAAUAAUAAAAAAUAAAAAAUCAUUAGUAAGUGAGGGCUUGUGAUAUUACUAUGAAUUAUUUUUAUUAAUAUUUGAUAGUUUACUUCGUUUUUAGUAUUUAGUACUUAGCACAAAGAGUGAACGUUCGUUUUUUAUUAAAUCGAUACCAGAAUCAGAGUGCAAUAAGUCAAAUUUGUUAACAAUGUAUUUUUUUAAAUCAGAAAACUGCUUCAAAUCAGGUGCUUAUAUAAAAUAAGUUAAUAUGGUUUGAAACUGAUGUUGAAUUUUGACUUGUGUCAGUUUGGUUCUGAUGUAUUUAAUGUAGCUGUUUGGUUCUGAUAUAGUCAGUUUGUGAUUUUGUUGAUUAUUUCUUUGCUAGUGAUUUCACGUUAUGUGGUGCUUUUAGUGGUUACGAUACGAUAAUGAUCUUUCCGAGAAUCAAAAUUAUUGAUUUAAUAAGUUUUCGUCGUGAUUGCUCCGCAGACUGAUUGUAAAAGUGUAAUUUAUAAAAAUAUUCUAGUUCCUGCUUCGUUGUUGGAUUAUAAUAUAAUAAUGAAAAAUGUCAAAUAAAUAGGUUAGAUUAUAUUAACAAUAAACUAUAGCUAAGAAAUUGUAUGCUCAACCCUGUGGUGCUUUUUUGUAUUGUAAAUCAACCCUGUAUAUGCUAUUUACAAAAAACGUCUUCCAGAUGUACAAACUAUUGGAAAAACAAUACGAACAGUUGAAGAUAAAUUUUGAUAAUUAUCUUGUUUUUCUUGAAGUUCUUUAAUGUAAAAUCACGAAUAAGGCAUAGUGUCGUUUCUUUGAUAUCAGCUGACUGAUUAAGGAAUUAAUGUCAAAUGUUUAAGCUUUUCUAUGGCUUUUGUCGGGCGAUUAGUAGUAGGUAAUUAUAAAUGAAAUCACUUAUCAUUGUUCGAUUUUAAACUCUUAUUUAAAUUAAAUUAAUGAUUAUUUAAUAUUUUGUACAAAUGAACAACAAUCGCAGUUGUGAAUGCGUCGAGUGCACAGUGUGUACACGAUUUUACGGUAGGCAGCGGCUUGGCUCUGCCCCUGGCAUUGCUGAAGUCCAUGGGCGACGGUAACCACUCACCAUCAGGUGGGCCGUAUGCUCGU